UGAGUAGAUCAUGUGUUAGUGACCUUGUCAGCUAUACUCCCAUAUAAGUAUAUAUGUAAUACCAUUUAAUUUUAUGCAAUUUCAUUUCGUUUAGCUUCAAAUUAAAAUUACACUGAAAUCAAUUAUUUGGAUAUUUUAUUUUACAUUUGUCAAAAAAACAAUAAUCCUAAAAUGACUUUUACUGACCAUAACAUUUUUAAACUAUCAACAAGUAUAAUAAACAAAGAUUAAAUUGACAUUAGAUCAGUAAAACAACUUUUUUAUCCCAUCUCUAAGAUAAAAAAAGUAACAAUUUAAAUCAUGUCACAAGAACUUUGGCGGUCGAAAACAGGCAGUGUCAGUUCACUGGAUCGAUUGGCUAAAAGUACUCUAUCAAUGGAUUUACCAGAAGCAAGAAACUGUCGUGAAGCACGUGAACAAAGUCGUAAAGAAAUGCAUGUUUUAAAUGAAAAACUUGCUUCACAACUUGAAAAGAUGCGUAUUUUAUCUGAACAAAAUAAAAAGUUAAUGAAUGAUACGGGAUCAAUGAAUCGAUUAACUAAAGAAACUGAAAAAAUUCGUUCAAUGUACAAUACAGAAUUGAAACAAUUACGCCAUUUGGUUGAUGAAUGUGAACGUGAAAAAGCUGAGAGUUUAGCGAAAAUUGCUCAUUUACAACAAACUAUUAGAAAUAAACAAGAUCAGAUUAACCAAUUAAAUCAAAGUAAUCAACGUCUGUCGAAACAAUUAGAUGAUGCCUUAAAAGAAUCAAGUAUUAAAGAUGCUGAUAAAGUUGUCUUGGAACGCCGAAUUAAAUCAGCUGAAGAGGAGAUACAUCGACUGCGUACAACAACAGAACAACAUAAACAUGCUAAUAAUCUGCUACACAGAAAUUUAGAUGAUGAAACAGCUAAUCGUAUGAAAUGUCAAUCAGAAAUGCAAACAUUAAAAGAAGAAAUGGAAUUUCAUCGUCGUGUUCAUGAACAAGAAUUACAAGAAUUACGUUCAAUGACAAAUGUUGUUCAAGAUGAACAAGAUCGUGAUCAUUGGCGUCAUAUUAUGCAAAAUGCGAUAAGAGAUAUCAAAGCUGCAUAUGAUAAUCGAUUAGAUUGUAUUCGUGAAGAAAUGGAACAAGGUUAUCUGUUACGUCUUGAAGAAUUAAGCCGUCAAGAUUCACAGCAACGAACAGAAUUCAUGAGAAUACAAGAAGAGAAUGCAAAACUGAAGAAUGCUUUAGACGGUACACGUGGUCGAGAUGAUCAACUACGCGCUAAAUGUGAACAACUUGAACGUUCUUUGAAUGAUUCAAUUGAAGAGUCACGAAAUCUACGAAAUCAACUAAAUAAGCUUAUAAGUGAAUCAGAUCGUGAAAAACAAGCCGCUGAAGAAGCACUGACACGUCUACACAAAGAAUUAUCAGCUUUAACUGAUGCUAAAUUGAAUUUAGAAGCUGAAAUUGCUGCUUAUAGUCGUUUAUUAGAUGCACAAGACAGUCUUAUAUCAGGAACAAAAUCUGAUGGUGGUGUCCGGUCCAAAUCUCCGCAUCAUCCGCACCAACCACCACAGGCACCAAAACAACCCCUUCCACUAGCACCACCACCACAACAACAACAAAACUCACUACAGCCAAAUCGUUAUAGUCGGCCAACAUCUGCAAAUUAUCGAUCGUGUAAUGAACUUAACGUUCGUGUUCCAUCCUAUUCGACGAAUUCACCAAGUCAGCAUGUAAAACAAUCCAGUGAUAACGCUUCUAGAAGAUGGAUGGACAGAGAUGAACCAAGUGGACAGUCAACUAGAUCGCAUCAUUUUAUUGAUAGGACUGUUGAAGGUAGUCAACAGUUGUCCUGUAGCUAUUCUGAUAAUGAGAAACAACCGAAUACUCUGAGUCAUAGUGAAACUUUCACACGUGGUCAUUUAGUUAUUAAUGAAUGUGCACAAAAUGGAAGUUAUAUAGAAAUAACAAAUAAAGGCAAUAUGGAGGAAUCACUAUUCGGUUGGUGUUUAAUAAGAAAUAUUGAUCAAGGAAGACAAAUCAUUCGAUAUACAUUUCCUAACCAUACAUUACCUCCUCAUUCAAAUAUUAAGAUCUGGGCAGGUAGUAAACCACCUGUACGAUCAAUAAGUAUUAGUGAUAUUGAAGCACCAUAUUCAACAUGGGGUACUGGUUCCUAUAUACAGACAAGUCUUUACAAUCCAGAUGGUUUAGAGAAAGCAACACAUAUUCAAAAACUACAAUAAGUCAACAAUAUAAAUAAAUUAUAAUAAUGGCUGUGAAGAAUACUUUAUAAUGGGAAUGGGAAAAACUCCCACAAAGCGAUCAAAACCAAAAAUAGCGAAUUGUUCAAUGAAAACAUAUCUAUACAUCAAUCUGUUUUAUCCUUUGGUCUUUAUUAUUAUUAUUUUAUGUUUUAUAAUGUUUUGUUUUGCACUUUCAAAUUUUUAUUCUCUCAAUUAUUCCUCUCCUUACAAUAUUUCGGAUUUUCUACAUAAAAUUUAGUCAAGGAAAGGAGAAAUACCAGCUGCUAUUAGUUUUCUUCAGUUGCACACACCCAAACACUUUUAGAAAGCAGACCUACAUCACUAUAGACAGAAAUGCCUUGAAAUACAACAUCUCUGUCAGUUAGUAUUGACUUCGUAUCUUUUAACUUUAGUAAAUGUUUUUAUACUACUACAUAAUUACUUAGUAGCUUGUAAGACUUUCGUUAAUUUAGUUGUCUGUUAGACUAUUAUUAUUAUUCCUUGGCAUACCGAGACUUCAAAACCCAUCCCUCUUCAACUGAACUUAUUCUCUGGUUAAGGGCGAUUUGUAGGAGUGCAUAUUUAGGUGGCUGGGAAAGUAAACCCUGGACGAAUUAAGUGAUUAGUUGCAAGCAUCCUACCAAUAAACUGCCGAUGCACACUUAUUUAAAUAUAUAUAAUGCACAUUAAAUAAUUUUAUGAUUAUUAUUAUUUUAUACAUUCUUUUUUACUUUUUUGAAACGGAGUCGGCUUUGCUAUAUUAGCUUCAUAGUGUACAGUUCCAUUUUUCGUACUUUUUCACUUUGAGUGUUGAGGAUGUUUUUGUUUGUCGACUACUAAAAAAAUUGGUGAUAUUUGAUAAAUCAAUGAAUGAAUCAAUAAAUGGAUUUUUUCAAAGUUUGUUUAUGUUAUUCUGUUGACUAGAAUUGAAUUUAACGGUGUUGUGGCUUGUCGGAACACCACAGACUUGUUAGUUCUUUGUAUUACUCUAUCAUUACGAUGAAUGUAAGUCUUUAAGAGGAAAACUUGUCUUUUGAAGAAAACACAGAACUUCAGCAGCAAUAUAUCAAAUUCGUUAUGUUACUUAUAGUCUUUUAUAGCUGCCUCCAUAAUUGCUGAUAAGGUUUCACCUCCGUCUCAUGCGAUCGCCUUCAUAUCAUCCUCAAAUUGACGCCCACUGGAGAGCUUGGUGCGUGAUAUCUCGCCCAAUGGUCUCCUCACAGUAUGUGUGUCCAAUUCACAUUUCACUGCCUUCUGAUUGUAUGUGUCGGGCGAUAGAGAUGCUUGGUUGGUUUGUUGACUGCAAUAGUUUCUUUAUGCUUAUCGUUUCUUGCCGGCCAUCUGAUCGAGUCAGAGAAGGUGACUUAUAUUCAUAAAAUUCAGGAAACUAAUCCAUUACUGAAUUUAUGCUGUCAGACAGAAUUUUCGAUCUACAGUACAAUGUCUUAUUAUCAAAAUCAACGUUUUGUACAGAGUAAGAUAGUACUAUCAUUUAGUGUUUUCGGCUUUUCAUCACCCACGUACAGCCUGAAAUCAGUACUUCUGUGAUAUUGGUUCAGAGAAUUUUCAUACGCGUCGUUAAAAGAAUUUCCAACAUAAUCUCCAAAACUUUUAUCAACACCUGCCUCCUUUGAUCUUUCCUGAAGAUCAGAUGGUCAGCCGUGGAGGAUUAGCAGAAUAGGAAGAAACUCUGGGAAACGAACCAGCCAGACACUAAUUGCCAAAUAAAUAUGCCGAAGAAAAUGGAGAUGCAUUGGACCGUUGAGUGACAUCAUGCGCAAAGGAGGCUCUUCGGUGGAACUGAAUGAGAAACAAAGAGUUGACCAUCCAAGGGUGACAGGAGAUGACCGUUUGACGGGGGGGGGGGUGAAAUCCUGUAGACAAUCGUGGAUCCGGCUAAAUAAGACUG